UCUCGCGAGAACGGCGCUUGUUAUUGCUACAGAUAGCAUAGCUAGAGCGGGCGAGUCAAGUUAUCUUAGAGUUCUGCAGUAGACUGUUGUACUGCGAUGGAUGCUCUCGGAGCCCUAGACGAGGCAGAGAGGCCUCGACAUCACCCUUUCCUAAUAGGCGUCAGCGGAGGAACCGCCAGCGGCAAGUCAACAGUUUGCGCCAAGAUCAUGGAGCUCCUGGGCCAGAACAAGGUGGACCACCGCCAGAGGAAGGUGGCGAUUAUAAGCCAGGACAGCUUCUACAGAGUCCUGACUCUAGAGCAAAAGGCGAAAGCACUGAAGGGCCAAUACAACUUUGAUCACCCAGAGGCAUUUGACACUGAGUUCAUGUACAAAACAUUAAAGGACAUUGUGGAGGGAAAGGUGGUUGAAGUGCCAACGUAUGACUUCGUCACACAUUCCAGGCUGGAAGACAGGAUCACAGUUUACCCAGCAGACGUGGUCCUCUUUGAGGGGAUCCUGGUCUUCUACCCCCAGAAAGUGCGCGAUAUGUUUCACAUGAAGCUUUUUGUGGACACAGAUUCAGACGUCAGACUGUCUCGCAGAGUUCUCCGAGACAUGACCAGAGGGAGAGACCUGGAGCAGAUUCUCACGCAGUAUACAACAUUUGUCAAGCCUGCUUUUGAAGAGUUUUGUUUGCCUACAAAGAAGUAUGCAGAUGUCAUCAUUCCAAGGGGGGUUGACAAUAUGGUGGCCAUCAACCUCAUCGUGCAGCACAUCCAAGACAUACUGAACGGUGAAAUCUGCAAAUGGCGUACGUCCAUUAACAGCCACGCGCGAGGCUUCAAACGGGCCAUUUCUGAGCAGGGUGACCUGCAGAACGGAGCUGGCAAUCCUGCAGGAAAGAGGGUCCUGCUGGAGCCCAGUUGUCGGCCUCACUGAGACUGCGUGGAUGGACCGGUGUGUCCAGACUGUGAAUAUAAGCUUCACGUUGGGAUUGCUACUACUGAUUUUGUGCGGGAUGGGUCAGCACCUGUAAUGCCAGUCUCCCCCUCAGUGUUUUAUUUUUUGUUUAGUUUUUUUUUUUUUUUUUUAAAAGAAAAGUAUCCACAAUCCUACUUUACAAAUAUUCAGUGCUGCAACCUCAUAAUUCACUGUAAUAAUUGUUGCAUAAGCUAAGUAUGCUACUGGAUUAUGCUUUUCACAUGCAACAGUCUUCCAUGAUAGUUUGACUUUUCCCGUGUUAACUGUGGUCAAAUGACCGGUUACUGAGAUUGGGGCAAAUAUCGUUGUAGUUUAAAUGUUUAAUUUCAGUCAUGCUUUUGCACUUUUGACCUUGUAUUUAUAUCUAUCUGCUUUUUUGAUGCUGGAGUAGGCAGUUUUUAUGGAAAAGACAAAAGUACAGCCCUUGUCCUGCAGCUCUCCUUUCUCUGUCCUAAGCCCUGAAACGCUUUGCUGAUAUUGCCAAGUGCUUUCUUACAUUCAUCGUCUGUCUUUCAGACUCUUUGAUAAGUCGGUUUGACUUUUUUGUCCAAUUGCUUUGCAGUGUAGGCAGUGCCAGUGCUGUAAUAGCAACUUUUUCUGCAGGAUUUUCCACAGGCACGUGCACCUGCGUUUGUAGAACAGCCAAUAGGAACGCCUUCUCUCUGAAAUGACCUUUGAUUGGCCAACGUCUAGUUGGGCUAGACGUUGGCCUAGUUUUUCUAAAGCCUGACAACAGAGCCAAGAGGAAGUGCAUAAGUUCUCUCAGACCACUUGAAUUACAACAUGCUGAAAUGUUAUGGGAUUUUUAAAGCCAAAGAAGAAAAAAAAAAAAAAAAAAAACUGCCUACCCCAGCUUUAAUUAAGAUUAUAUUAUAUCCUGGUUUGUUUUAAUUUAUUUAAAUCAAUUUAGGCCAGAUGACGGUGUGGUGUAGUAGUGUUACACCUAGAUUGUUAUGGAGUGCUUCCUUUUAAUUAUUUAAAGUUGAAUACAUGCCUUAAUAUUUCUGGAGUCCAUUUGUCACUGACCAGUCUGUAAAACAAAUAGAAGUCUUGUUUGAGUUUUGACAGUGAAAAUGAAACGUCUAAACCAACACAAUGUGUAUAGAAACAGA